ACAGAGCGAGAGUGAGAGCAAGGAAAUGGAGAAGACUGGAGGAGGUGGAGGAGGAGCACCAUCAGCAACAGGGUGUUAUAAAUGUGGUCGUCCUGGUCACUGGUCUAGAGAUUGUCCAUCAUCCUCUUCAGCGACAAACCCUAACCCUAUUUCCACUUCUAAUACCAAUCCCAAAUCUAACACUUAUUUCAGUGGAUCUUCAUCAUCAUCUUUCAAAAACGCAGGUGGUGGCUUUUCAAAACCCUUAAUAGACAAACCUAUUGAAAAGCCCAAAAAAAUUCCAAGAGCUAGACCUAAACUCACUCCUAACCUUCUCCUUUCUGAUGAUGGCCUUGGUUAUAUUCUUCGUCAUUUCCCUCGAUCUUUCAAAUUCCGCGGUCGCGGACAUGAGGUUGAUGAUCUGGGAAACCUGAUUGAUCUAUACACUCAAUGGCACCAUCGUCUACUUCCUUACUACUCGUUUGAUCAGUUCGUUGAGAAAGUGGAGCAAGUUGGCGCCACUAGACAAGUUCGGACAUGUGUUAGAGAUUUGAGAGACAGAGUUUCCCAUGGAGGGGAUCCCUCAAAGUUACAUGAACCACCUGUCCACCUUAACGAACCUGUUGAGCCAACUCCUGUACCAGAGAAUGCUAACAACUUGGAAAACCCUAUUCCCGAUGUGGGAGAUUCAGUACUGGAGACCCACCAUGAUAUGGAUGUGGAGGAAGAAAUGCUUGAUGAGGUUUACCAGGCGGCUACUAGUGAAACAAGUCAUCCAUCACCACAUCCAGUGACUACUUCAACUGUGCAAGUACCGUCUGAUCACAAUAGUUCACUAAAUAAAUUACCAAAUCAGCCAUCAGAUAAUGGGGCAAGUGGUUCUAGUACUGUCCAAUUGUCUGAUGAACAAAAAGCUCGUAUAGAAGCUAACCGGUUGAAGGCUUUAGAGAGAGCUGCUGCUCGUGCCCUGUUGUCGCAGGCAGGUUAAAUUGUUCUGUUUUGUUUUGUACAUUUUUUUGUACAAUUUAUCUUUUAAUGUUCAAAGACAUGCCUACAAUAAAUGAAUGAUACUCUUCUAAACUUGUUUUU